GGCGACCAGAGCAGGAAGAGCAGCAGCGAGGCGGCGGCGGCGGCGGCUGAGUCGGUGGCGGCAGGGGCGAAAGCGACAGCUCCAGGGGGUGGCAGCGGCCCUGAGAGCAGGAUGCGGGUCUGGGUCGGGCUGACGCUGCUGCUUUGUGCGGUGCUUCUGGGCUCUGCCUCGGCGUCCUCGGAUGAGGAAGGUGGCCAAGAAGAAUCCUUAGAUUCCAAGACUUCUUUGCCGUCAGAUGAGUCAGUAAAGGACCAUAGCCCAGCAGGCAGAGUAGUCGCUGGCCAGAUAUUUCUUGAUUCAGAAGAAUCAGAAUUGGAAUCACCUAUUCAAGAAGAGGAAGACGGCCUCAAGAGCCAAGAAGGGGAAAGUGUCACAGAAGAAAUCAGCUUUCUAGACUCUCCAAAUCCAGAAAACAAGGACUAUGAAGACCCAACGAAAGUACGGAAACCAGCUUUGACCGCCAUUGAAGGCACAGCACAUGGGGAGCCCUGCCACUUCCCUUUUCUGUUCCUGGACAAGGAAUAUGAUGAAUGUACGUCAGAUGGGAGGGAAGAUGGCAGACUGUGGUGUGCUACAACCUAUGACUACAAGGCAGAUGAAAAGUGGGGCUUUUGUGAAACUGAAGAAGAGGCUACCAAAAGACGGCACAUGCAGGAAGCAGAAGUGAUGUACCAAACUGGAAUGAAAAUCCUCAAUGGAAGCAAUAAGAAAAGCCAAAAAAGAGAAGCAUACCGGUAUCUUCAAAAGGCAGCAGGCAUGAACCAUACCAAGGCCCUGGAGAGAGUGUCGUAUGCUCUUUUGUUUGGUGAUUACCUGACACAGAAUAUCCAGGCAGCUAAAGAGAUGUUUGAGAAACUGACUGAGGAAGGCUCUCCCAAGGGACAAACUGCUCUUGGCUUUCUCUAUGCUUCUGGGCUUGGUGUCAAUUCAAGUCAGGCAAAGGCCCUUGUAUAUUAUACUUUUGGAGCUCUUGGUGGCAACCUAAUAGCCCACAUGGUUUUGGGUUACCGAUACUGGGCUGGCAUCGGAGUCCUCCAGAGCUGUGAAUCUGCAUUGACUCAUUAUCGUCUUGUUGCCAAUCAUGUUGCUAGUGAUAUCUCGCUGACGGGAGGCUCAGUAGUACAGAGAAUACGGCUUCCUGACGAGGUGGAAAAUCCGGGAAUGAACAGUGGAAUGCUAGAAGAAGAUCUGAUUCAGUAUUACCAGUUCCUAGCUGAAAAAGGGGAUGUACAAGCACAGGUUGGUCUGGGACAACUUCAUCUGCACGGAGGGCGUGGAGUAGAACAAAAUCAUCAGAGAGCAUUUGACUACUUCAAUUUAGCAGCUAAUGCUGGGAAUUCCCAUGCCAUGGCCUUCCUGGGAAAGAUGUAUUCAGAGGGGAGUGAUAUAGUACCUCAGAGUAAUGAGACAGCUCUUCACUACUUUAAGAAAGCUGCUGACAUGGGCAACCCAGUUGGACAGAGUGGGCUUGGAAUGGCUUACCUCUACGGGAGAGGAGUUCAAGUUAAUUAUGAUCUGGCACUGAAGUAUUUCCAGAAAGCUGCUGAACAAGGCUGGGUGGAUGGGCAACUACAGCUUGGCUCUAUGUACUAUAAUGGCAUCGGAGUCAAGAGGGAUUAUAAACAGGCCUUGAAGUAUUUUAACUUAGCCUCUCAGGGAGGCCACAUCUUGGCUUUUUAUAACCUGGCACAGAUGCAUGCCAGCGGUACCGGCGUGAUGAGAUCAUGUCACACUGCAGUGGAGUUGUUUAAGAAUGUGUGUGAACGGGGCCGGUGGUCUGAGAGGCUCAUGACUGCCUAUAACAGCUAUAAAGAUGGUGACUACAAUGCUGCGGUGGUCCAGUACCUCCUGCUGGCCGAGCAGGGCUAUGAAGUGGCACAAAGCAACGCAGCCUUCAUUCUCGAUCAGAGAGAAGCGACCAUCGUAGGUGAGAAUGAAACUUACCCCAGAGCCUUGCUGCACUGGAACCGGGCCGCCUCACAAGGCUAUACUGUGGCUAGAAUUAAGCUUGGAGACUACCAUUUCUAUGGAUUUGGCACUGAUGUAGAUUACGAGACGGCAUUUAUUCAUUAUCGACUAGCAUCUGAGCAACAACACAGUGCGCAAGCCAUGUUUAAUCUGGGAUAUAUGCAUGAGAAAGGACUAGGCAUUAAACAGGAUAUUCACCUUGCAAAGCGUUUUUAUGACAUGGCAGCCGAAGCCAGCCCAGAUGCACAAGUACCAGUCUUCCUAGCACUCUGCAAAUUGGGCAUUGUCUAUUUCUUGCAGUACAUAAGGGAAACAAACAUUCGAGAUAUGUUCAGCCAACUUGAUAUGGACCAGCUUUUGGGACCUGAGUGGGACCUUUACCUCAUGACCAUCAUCGCAUUGCUGUUGGGAACAGUUAUAGCUUACAGGCAGAGGCAGCACCAAGACAUGCCUGUACCCCGGCCUCCUGGGCCACGGCCGGCACCACCGCAGCAGGAGGGGCCACCAGAGCAGCAGCCACCACAGUAACCCACUGUGUCCAGCCUUGAUCAGUGACAAACAAGGAAAUGGUUUACUGAGAACACUUGCAUUUGAUUUAGGACUUUGGAUCAGUGACCACCUCCUGGAAGAGGCACAAGGAAGCAUUGAUUCCUAAAGCUGCUUAGAAUCUGAUGCCUUUAUUUUCAGGGAUAAGUAACUCUUACCUAAACUGAGUUGAAUGUCUGUUUCAGUGCCGUAUGGAGUAACAGCUCUCAAUGGCUCCCCCUCCCCCCCCUUUUUUUUCUCCCUGGAAACAUAUGUGAGACACUCAAGAGUAAUGUCUGCUGUAUCCAGCUAUCUUUCUUGGGUCCUUUUGGUUACUCUGUCAAUGUGCAUAAGUCCUGUCUACCAUCUUUAAGGUCUUAUGCAUCGACACUAAAAACUGAUCAGUGCAAAAAGGAAGACCCAGUUAGUUGCAAGUUUAACUUCAGUAUGUUUGAAAGUCUAAAAAUAGAACUUGCCUUUUAAGUUAAAAAAAAAGUCUUCAAAGUGUUUCAGAAUUUCAGUAGCUGAGGAGCUUUCACAGUCCCCGUGCAAGCACACGUACUCAGCAUGUUCGUUACUCUAACAGGGAGGGCUGGGAGGACUCUUACUGCUGGUGAUUGUCAUGCUUUAUACUCACCUCUCUCCUCAGAGACCGAAAGGCCUUGUUAAAGAGUUCUGUGUGAACUUCAUUUCUUUGGAAUGGAAUAGAUAGGAUCUGUUGUGAGCUGACUCCUUGAGCUAACCCGUAAACUUGCCCCACCUACUCAGUGUAAUUUGCUUGUUUGUUAUGAGUAUACAAAGCCUUUAUUCAGCAGCCAGAGGAUGGACUAAAUGGGAGAAGUUAGAAAUCAGUAUUGAAGAACUCUGGGUUGGGGUACUAGGAUCAUAGACACACGUUCCCAAAAAUUGAUGCAUUUGUUCCCAGGAUUUAUUUUACUUUGCAUUUCUUAUUGCAAAAGAACAGACACCUACCCCCCCCCAACUCCCCCACCCCCCCGUCUGCUGAAUUCUUUAAAUAUGAGAUAUCCUUGCCAGGCUAUGGCCUAUGGUGACCACCGUCACAGUACUAAACUCAGAGACUCUGUGAUGCGUUAAACUCAGUGGCUGAGGAGAGCCAGAGCCUGUUUGUACUGUUCUGUACUGUUGGGGAGAUUUUUAUGUCUACAGUUUGAUGUUACAAUAGAAAGUCAGCCACUUGCUUAGCUAUUGUAUUCACCACCCUCCCACUGUUAACAUUAGGAAAGUCAAGGCUAUUACACUUCAGGAUUGUCUGGUUAAAUAGUAUGGAAAACACAGCCACCACAGCAAUAGCGAAGAAAACAGAACUUCACGUAUCACACAAAUGAAAAACUUAAAACCUCAACCGAAUUUGUAUUUCUUUUUAUCAUCAAAUGGCGGUGUUCACCAGCCUACAUCCGGUCUGAGACUCUCUUAGUACCUAUGCCUGCUGACCUCGGACUGUUCAUAUUAAUCUUUAUACUCUUUUCUCUUAAUCCCUCAUCUGCCAGAACACUUGAAGAGUUUAUUACCUGUAGAGUUGUAAGACUUUGGUUUUUGAAGUGGGGAUUAUAUUUAGAAUUAGAUUUACUUAGUCUGUAAUGAACAUGAAAGCUCUAAAUGUGAAGUUGUGUGCUUUUUUGGUGUUUAGAAUAUUAUGGCAAACCAGGUUGCAAACUUUCCUCCCAGAUAAUUGCUUCUAAAUUUGAAGAGGUGGUCAUGGCGAGAACCGUAGGUAUAAACGCAUAUCUGAAAGGUAGGAAAUUUUACCCUCAGAAGUAUAAUGUCGCUUUGGGCAGCUCUUGUAAAUAUUAAGACUUGUUCGAUCUCUUAUGUUAGAGAUUUGAGUGCAGUUGGUACAAUACGUUGGUGUCUUCACCCCUGCCUCUUGUCCCCACCCUUCAAAAUGAGUAUGAUCCAUGCUAGCAGCCCUGCUUCAUUUUGAAGCAACUGUUCUAAUUUAUUUAAAAGUUUAAAGGCUAAACUUCCCUGUUUUUCUACCAUCUACCUAAUGUCUCCUUUAGCAAUAUUUUUACCUCUAUCUUUACUUCCCUCCGUUAGUACUUUGAAAAAAAAAAAACAUUUCUUAAAAGAGCGUGCACUGCCCGGAGGCCGACGGGAGAGUGCAGUCUUGCUCUUUAUGCAAUAACUAACUUCCCAGUAGUGCUCCACUUGCCAUGUCCUUUUUAUUAAUAUUCCAGGUAUCUUUUUCUUGGCUUUUGUCCACCUCCUGUUUUACCCUGGGUCAUUUGCUACUGGAAAUUUGAACAAUAAAUUUAGAGCAACUUGGUUCCUAUGGCUUCAUUUAAAGACUGUCUCAAAAUACUUUGCUCCCUUCUUCUUUCUGUCCAAGGGACAUGAUACCUAAGCAAAUAGGAACUGGGUUUGGUGUUUCUCCUAAAAUAAUGCUCAAUACUUACCUAAUCAAAUGGCAUCCAUUUGAAUAAAAUGACAGUAACUAAAGCUAGUUAAUGUCAGUGACAUUAAACUAACUCCAGGAUUCAGGAGUUUUAAUGUUAGAAUUUAGAGUUAGCGAUAGAGUGCGGCUUCAUUUCUCCGUGGUAGCCCAUCUCUCCUGCCCCCUUUUAUAGUCUGUCUUCCUGCCUUCCAUGGUGGUGACGUUAGUGCUCUGCUCAGCUUCUGUUCUCUUGUGCAUUUGGUUUGUUGGCUACUCAGCUGUUCCAGAGUCUUGAGGCUAUCUGUUUUGCUUUUGUUCUAUGUUACAAAGGUAGCAUUGGUGUUUGGGGGUUUCGUGUUGUGUUUUUGGUUUUGGUUUUUUUGACUUUUUGUUUUCCAUUUUUGACGUUUUUCUUUCUAUUUUCUGGGUAAGGCUUACCUUAUUUUUGGUUACUAUUCAGUGGCACAGGAAAAUAAAUCAAAAAGUUUUCUUUUUUUUUCAAAAUUCAUUAUUUAACACUUAAGUGAGAUUAACGUGUGAAUCAUUCAUCUGAAUACUCUAGAGGAUGUGUUACCCUUCUGCAUUUAAGGUUAAUCUGUGAGAGUUUUACUGCUAAGCUGUUUUAUCUCUGUACCAUUGGGAAGUUUUAGAAACUUCUGCCCGUGAUCUGGCCAUGAUCUGAUGCUUUAUUUAAUUAAGGAGCUGCUGUCGCCUCCAGGAAACUUACAUAUUGGAAUUUUUUUUUCUUUUUUGCUUUCUUUUCUCCUCCUUUCUUUGCUCCUCUUGUUUGUUCUUCAAACCAGUGUUUUGAAAGUAUGCAUGCAGGCCUGUAAAUGAAGACCACAGCUCUUCGUGUGUGCAGCAUGUGUAUCAGAUUGUCUAGCUACAUCUGCAAAAAACUUCUUUUUCAGAGGUUUGGACUAACAUUUCACAUGCACAUUUCAAAACAAAAUGCUUCAGAUAAACAACCCCUUUACCCACAAAGAAGAGCAACAUGGGCUACAUUUGCCCCAAUUACAGCUAGUGUUUGUUUUAAAAAUGAGUUUAAUUAUAUGUUGUAUAAUAUUAUGACUACAGCUGUGCAAGAAAUAAAGCAAAAGAAACUUCUAUUUUCUUGAAAAUAUUUUUCAUCAGUCAUUGCUCUCAAAUGUAGAUGAAAAUACACAAUUUCUGAAUACCAUAUUGUCUGAGGCACUACCUGAUUUUUAAAUGUGUAGUAGUUCUUGAAAAGAAGCUAACUUUCUUCUUCCACUUGGUAUUUCAAGAAAAUUGAAAAUAUCCCAGGUAAAAAUGAUUUUAUUUUCAAAGUGACCAUUUGCACAAGUGAAAAAUCUGAUGUGUGCAUAAGAAGGAUGUCUUGGUUAUGUGCAGGGAGUCAUCUCAAGUACACCAUUUUUCCUGUUUGGAAUGACAAGAUGACACUAUUCUCUUUGAUUAAAAAAAAAAAAAAGAAAUUAUAAUGUUGAUACGAUCAAGGUAUAACCACUAUCAAUAUUGAGGAGACAUUUGAAAAGACCACAAGUUGGCAUUGGAAGGAACACCAUGGUAGACUUUUUGUAAAUUUAUUUUGUAUUUAAUUAAAUGCAGUAUAAAGGCUGGUGAAGUGUAAUAUAAUUGUGUAAACAAAUCCUGUUAAUAGAGAGAUGUACAGAUUCGUUUUGUACUGUAUCUUGAAACUUGUGAAAUAAAGAUUCCACCUCUGGUUA